CAUGUAAAGUAAAAUUGAUACAGUGUAAAUUUGACAUUUAUAUAUUGUAUAUUGUUAAAUUUAAUUUUAACUAACCAUUUAAUUUAACAUAACAUAAGCAUUCAAUUUAUACAAUUACAGACUAACAAUGAAUAUAUUAUUUUAUAUUUUAAUGAUGAAUUUUUUAACGAUAACACAUAUGUAUUAUUUUGUAAAUUGUAAAAUAAAUAGUGAAGAGUACAAAAAAUAUGUUAUUGAAGUAUUAAGCCAUAUGUGUAAUCAACACGGGUGGAAUACAAUGCCACAUAUACUUUUAAAUGAUAGAAAAUUUGAAAAAUUAACAAUAAGUGAAGCAAUUAAAGAAAAAGAUAUAAGUUCUAGUUAUAUACAUAUAUUUCAUUUAUUAAUCUACUCGCUCAACUGUAGGUACGCAGAAAUUGUUUUUUAUUACGACCUAAUGAUAAGUAUAAUAAUAAAUAAAUGUAAUGAUGAAUUAAUCUCGAAAAACACAGAAAGUUUUAAAAUUUGUACAAUUCACCUUUACGACGCUGUAAAAGAUUCAACAAAUAUGUUUGAUAAAUUAUUUGAUGCUAUGAAAUUUAUGAAUCAGAUAGAUUUAAGACUCAUACAUAAGUCAAUAAAGGUACCAACAACAUUUGUGAACGAGUUAAAACCAUUUGUAGAAUUUACACGCUUAAAAGCGGAUCAGUUGCCGCAGGGAUUGUUAAAUGCAGACGAACUAAAAAUUUCGCAAGAAUUUUUAAGCAUAAAAAGUUUUUACGGUAAUCGCGAGAAAAUAAACAUUUUGAAAAAUCUUAUAGCAAUUAAUCGAGUUUUUUACUGUGUAAAUAUUAAAGCUAUUGAACCAUAUUUGCGAAUCGUUUACGACGAAGAAUAUUUCAAUUGUUUAUAUAAGUCUAAAUUAAUAAAAACUGAAAUUAUUAAAGAAAUACUCCAAAGAUUUUACUACAUAACAAUCGAAAAUGAUUUUGUUAAUUGUGGGUUUAUGGAAUUACUAGAACCUAUUAAUCACAAACUUAUUCCACCACAAUUAGAAGAUGAACAUUUAAAUACUGAUGUUGUUUUUUUAAAUACCAUUAUGCAAAAGGAUGGUUGGAAACUGUUGAAUCAUAUAAAAAUUGUAUACAACGAUCAAAGUCUAAACUUUGAUAAUAUAAAAUGUCAAGUAGACAACAAUAACAAACAUGUUAUAAAAACUCACCUAGCCAAAUUGUUGAGAUGUAGGUACAUCGAAAUACUUCAUAUUUAUACUACCAUAUUGAGCUCCCUUAUUCAUAUCUGUAAAAACGAAAAAAAAAAUAAUACACAUUAUUUUUUUAAUUGCGUUACUCAACUAUAUCACAUAAUCAAUAAAUCUUCUGACAUGUUUAAUCGUAUGUUAUCAGCUUUAUUAACCAUUCGUUUAAUAACAAAAAUAAAUAAAGAUCCAAAACCUGAACUAAGUAUAGAAAAAGUUGUCGAGAAAUGUAAUAAUUACAUCAACAAUAUAUUAAGUAAGUAUCCUCCUCAGAAAUUUUUUUUCAAAAAUCAAGAAAACAUAAAUAUGAGUAGUGCAUAUGCCCUUUUGAAUGAAAUUAUUAUAUUCCUCAAUGUAAUCAAGGAAAAAUUACUUAUAUCCAAUUAUUAUGUUAAAAGAUUCUGCAUCAUAAAAAAAAAAAUUUUGGAAAUAGAAGAUGAAAUAAAUAAUGCUUUAGAAAUAAAUUUAGUAGAUAAUAAAAAAUCAUUUGGACACCUAAUUAAACCGAUUUGUGAGUAUUUCAAUAUAUUUCACGAUCACGUUAUUAGAGAUGAUUGUGACAAUCUAGGUUUUUCUAUUUUGGGUUCAGAGUAUUCAAUCGAAUAAGUAUUUUUACAUAUAUUUUUAUCUAUAUAAGAUAUUUUCAAUAUUGUAUAAUUUAUAAAUUAUAAGAAUAUAUCGUAUAUUGAUAUUUAUUAUAAAACCAAUAAAUAAUGUUUUUUGUAUUUA